AUUCCACACCACUGCUGCCUAUUGUUAUAUUUUACUAACCACUACUGCAUGGCGGGACAUCUGACCUCCAGUUGAAAGUAAAAGGGAUAAUCUGCCCAGCUACUCAGUACAUUUUACAAGACAGCUGUGUAAGAAGGCCAGAGUUAACCAUGAAUGGACAACUGGAUUUGAGUGGAAAGCUUAUAAUUAAAGCUCAAAUGGGUGAUGAUAUUAGAAGAAUUCCCAUUCACAAUGAGGACAUCACCUAUGACGAGUUAGUGCUGAUGAUGCAGAGAGUUUUCAGGGGAAAGCUUCUGAGCAAUGAUGAAGUUACAAUAAAAUACAAAGACGAAGAUGGAGAUCUUAUAACUAUCUUUGAUAGCUCAGAUCUUUCUUUUGCAAUUCAGUGCAGUAGGAUACUGAAAUUGACACUGUUUGUGAAUGGGCAGCCAAGGCCUCUAGAAUCUAAUCAAGUGAAAUACCUCCGUCGAGAGCUGAUAGAACUUCGUAACAAAGUGAAUCGUUUGCUGGAUUGCCUAGAGCCCCCAGCUGAACCAGGACUUUCCACAAGCCUCCCUGAAAAUGAUGUUGCAGAGAGUAGGGAAGAUAAGCCUGCUACUACUGACUCUACUGUCAAGCCUUCUACUCAAGUUAUAGCAGCAAGUAUGUCUGCUUUUGAUCCAUUAAAAAAUCAAGAUGAAAUCAACAAAAAUGUCAUGUCAGCAUUUGGGCUGGCAGAUGAUCAGGUGUCGGGAUCCCCCAGUGCCCCUGUAGAAGAACGUUCCGGAACACCCGAUAGCAUUGCUUCUUCAUCUUCUGCAGCUCAUCCACCUGGAGUUCAACCACAGCAGCCACCAUAUGGAGGAACUCAGCCACAAACUGGUCAGAUGGAAGGCCAGAUAUAUCCACAAUAUCCACAACAAGCUGGAUACCCUGCUCAGCAGCCUCAGCCUCAGCCUCAGCCACAGUAUGGUAUGCAGUAUCCAGCAGGCUACAGCCAGCAGACUGCUCCUCAACAAGCACAGCAGUUCCAAGCAUACAGCCAGCAGCCCUCACAGGCUCCAGCUCCUGGGUUUCCUGGCCAGCCUCAACCUCAGCAGCUGCCAGCUCAGCCUCCCCAGCAGUAUCAGGCAGGCACCUUUCCUGCACAGAACUACACAACACAAGCUUCACAGUCGGCCAGUUAUAAUGUGACCCCAGCUUCUCAACCUGGAAUGGCUCCCAGCCAGCCAGGUGCUUAUCAGCCAAGACCAGGCUUCACUCCACCGCCUGGAACUACUAUGACACCCCCUCCAAGUGCCCCCAAUCCAUAUGCACGCAAUCGCCCUCCUUUUGGCCAGGGUUACACCCAGCCAGGUCCUGGCUAUCGAUAAGGAAGCUGUGCUGUUGACGGGCCGCAAGUAAAUCCAAGCUGUUGCUGUUGCUAUUCCAUCCAUACAGACUCCAAGGUUCUUUAACUAAAAUAUGGAAACUAAUGAAAGGCAGAAUAUUCUAUGGUAUCACUGUUGCUGUAUAAUUUGCUGGGAUAAAUGACCAAAUGAAUCUUGUUUCCUGCUUUAAAUUGUAUUGGCUUUCUAGUUUAAUAUUGGAAACACUACCUAAAUGUUUGUAAAGUAAUGACAUUCUGACUUGCCAUAUUAAACUACUAGGUGAAAAAUCUAGCUGAAAUCUGGCUUGUUUUUACUAAUAAAAUGAUGUACUAAAUUAGAUCCACUUGUUAAAACUAAGUAUGAUGUUUAAAUUGUAACAUGCACACUGAAAUUGAAUAAAAUAUUCAAACCAUCCUUUUUUGUUCAA